CUGUGAUGGACGCCUCCCUGUGAGAUACACCGGCAGCACAGACAUGCCACAGGGAUUCCUCCUCAACCCCCAGCACCUUCUAUGGAUCCUCCUAGCGUCUCCCUUAAUGGCGGUCGAAUGCUGUAAUGAGGCGCUGUACAGCCAUGUUAUGAACGAAUUCUGUUUGCAGCAUUUCGAGAUAGAAAUGGAAGAGCUGGGAAAGAAGCUGUGGUGUGACUGGGGAGAGACAGCGGGGAUGUAUGCAGACCUCACAAACUGUACAGUUAUUUUGGCUGAAAAUCUGGAUUGUUUCUGGCCUAACCACCUGGUGGAUCAUUUCUUCAUAGUUAUUCACAAGAAGUACUUCAGCAACUGCUCACUGACAGGACGCCUUCCAGCCGACCCUCCAUUCCCCAUUCUGUGUUCCUUCAUCUUUGUCCCUGUCCUCAUUACCUUGCUGAUGACGGCACUGGUGGUGUGGCGAAGCAAGCGGAGUGAAGGGAUCGUCUGACAGGCAUGGCACUUAAUCCUACUGUCACUCUUAAUUUCACCCCGUUCCUAAAGGCUUGAAGAAGGAAAUCAGGCCCAAUUCUUCAGUCUGUAUAGAGACAAGACUUCAGGCUUUGUAUUUAGAGGAAUAUCAUAGAUGCCCUUACUCAGCCCUUGCUUUGGGAUCAGUUCUGCUCGGCUGGAUCUCUUCUGGAAGCCAGGAACUCAAGGCCAACAAGCUGUCACUUUAGUGGACCUUCACGAGAUUCAAGACGCUUAAUGAGGUUAGGUUUGCUGGAAUGGAAAUGCCACAUAUGGAAAUCAAGAGCGAACUGCAAGACCCUAAACAUCUCAUUAAGCUGAAGAGAUUGUUAUCAUUAGUCUUUAGCAACACUUCAUAUCAGAUUAUGCAUCUUAUUCUGCUCUGAAGUGCGGGCCUUCUCAUUGGACAAACUUGUUGCCAUAGCAUAAACUGAGCUCAGUGGAGGCAGCCAUAUUGGGAGUAGCUCAGUAAUAAUUUGGAAACCUUUGAGCAAUGGACCACUUGAAAAGUUUGCCUAUAAUGGAAAAGCUAAUUAAUUACUUAGGAAUGUCUCAGAGCUUUACAUUUAUAGCAGCUACAGCAGCGUCAUAUCAUCUUGGAGCCAUGGACUUCUGUGCAGAUACAAAGUUUUGUUCAGGUGGAAGCUGCAUUAUCAGGGGACACAAACACUUUGCACCUGCUCCUCCAUAAAUUACCAAAAUACAUGCCAAAUCAUGCAGCUCAGGUCGAUGACCAGAGUUUAUUUAGAUAUGGCAGGAAAGCUUGCCGUCUGUUGGACAGAAAUAGAAAUAAAAUAAGUGUUUUUUCUUGUGUUCUUAUUCUUCAAUAGGCGCAAGGAGAAAUGCUCAUCCCAUCGUUUCCCUUUAACCAGAAUGGCCAGCUGGCCGUGUCAAAGCACAAGUUAUUCAUUUUACUUAAGUAGCAAUCUCUAACUGGAGGCCCACCAGCGGUCAGAGAAACAUUGACUGAUUUAUUAUAUUGAAUGAACCUUUCUGUUACACUCCCUGAGAACCUUCCCCAUGAUGCAGAAUAAAUGUAAAUGUUUUUUUAAUCAGUCAGUAAAAGACUUUAUAUACCUGGCUGUUUGACCAGUUCUAAUUCUCAGCAAUCAGAGGCAUAAGCACAUAUGAUGUUUACUAGUGGCGGGGUUGGCAUGCAACACCAAAGACCCGUGCCAGUUCCUCUCUUUGUGUCUCUUUUCCCACCCUUCCAAUUUUAUUGAUUUAUUUUCUCAAAAUAAAACAAGCAGAUUUCUUAAAAAUGUA